AUGAUGACCGCGCAGCAUCAUCGCCGGCGGAGCCUCGAGGCUGCUCGCCGCCGGCGCAAUGAGCGGCGCACCUCUGGAGAGCAACUUCAAGACCAGCAAACCCCAAUACCCUCCGUGCGCGACCAAGCAUCACCCGAACCCGCCUUUUCCCGAUCGCGCGCGUCCUCUUCUUCUCUCUCCGCUUCUUCUUCCACCUCUUCUUCCUUGGUAAACGUCUCUCGACCCUCUAAAUUCAGCUUCGGCGCAUUCUUUUCUGGCAGUGGCCGCAAGCAUCACCAUCGCGUAAAAAAGAAGCGCAGCAACCGCUUGUCCCGCUAUGGGAAUUCUUCGUCGUCCUCCGUGAACUCGGAUCUCGCAUAUGGCAGGGGAUAUGUCGACCGCCGCAGAAGUCGCGAGCUGGCGUCGAGGGAUGGAGAUGGCUUUGGGAUGGCCGCAUCCCCGCCGCCGUUGCAGACAGACGCCGAGAUUGUCGAGCUGGGGAGGAAGUUCGCCGAGCUCGCUAGGAAGCAGAACACCGAAGAUCUGCGGGCUGCUGGGAGGUCCCGGCCGUCGGCCUUGGUUGGCGCGGCUACGGCCUUGAGCCAGUUCCACCGAACGAAUAGCGGGAAAUCUAGGGGCGUUGGGAGCUCCAAACCCCGGCGCGAUUCUUCGCCAGAGGAUUCCGAGUGGGAGUCGGCCUCUGACGACGAUUCGUCAAGUGAGGAAUUCGACUCUGGACUCGCCUAUGGCUCUGGUGCUAGCCUGCCGAGUGCUGCCGAGAAGCCCACGCGCCUCCAACGUCCUCGCAUCCAAUCCCCCGGCACGUCGGAAUCUCAGACUCCUCUCCACCGGAAACGCUCCUUCGUGGACCCGAAUCUUUUUGGUCCCGUCAAUUCGCUCCGAGGUUAUGUUGACGCUCCCUGUGGGUUCGAACCCGUCGAUCGUUCUCUGAUUGCCGCGCCGAGUCAACCGUACGAACCAUCGACUGCACCAAGCGAGAUUACGUUAUCGGAGAGUCGCCCGUUACAACAAGUCUAUCCGGUGCCAACCUCGGACCCGGGCCGGUUCGAUGCCGCCCGCGGUUCCGUCGCGUCGUUUCAACAGGACCGACCGACCGACGCCGUUCGGCGACCUGCGCCAGUACCCCUGCAGGAACCGAGACCGAUUACGCCAAUUCCCAGAAAGAUACUUGAUCCGGUAGAAGCAGAACCUAGACCCUCGGAGCGUGCCCCGUCUAGACAAGUGCUUAAAGACACUGCUGUUACCGGCAUCGCUGCCGCCGCAAUAGGGUUAGCGUUAAGCUCUGAUCGCAAGGAUGGCCAAGAUUCCCGCGAGAGCCCGCGAGAUCGCGACGAUAAACCCCGGACGAACCGACUGGACGUCGAUGCUCGUGAUGCAAGCGACGAGAAGCACAAGAGUCUUGAUGAUUGGAGGCACCCGGAAGAUCCCGCCAAGAAAGGUCGGGCUUCCGAGAGGGAAAUACGUCAUCGCGAAACCAUAGUAUCCGGUCCUGUGUAUGAGGAUAAGCGUCCUGGAGAAUCUCGCGAUGGCCAUGACUACUUUCAAGAACGCGAUGGACGCAAAUAUGGGCGGAAAGACGAGCAGAAGGCUAACCGGAGAGAAAUUCGGAGAGACGAACAGCACAAAGAAGACAGCGCCCAGCCCGUCGAUGCGGGGGGGCAUAAACGUGUGGAAGGCCGAGAAAAACCGCCUCGGGAGAGACCCAUCGACCCAUUUCAAUUUCAAGUGACCGACGAUGCCUUCCAGCCGCCCGUUCAUGCGACGCCGAGACGACCCUUGACUCCGAAUGUGAUUACCAUAGACCGAGAACCUAACUUUUCUCCUUUUAAGCCGGAAGACGAUCGGCCACCUUUCCUGGAAAGAGAGAGUCGGAGAGAUUCCUACGAGCGGGAACUUCGCGAUGCACGCCGUGUGCACGAGGAAACCAACCAUGCGACCGCUCCUCUUAACGCAGCUCCGCUUGCUUCUGCCGCUCCAGUGAUAGUAGCUGAGGACCGUGGCCGUAGUCAUAAUCGGGGGACAGACUCUACUUCUAGAAAUAGAUCGCGCCGAAGCGAGUCGCCAACACGUGGAGAAGACGCCGUCCUAGCAGAUGCUAACCGUUAUUACCGAGAAGCAGAACUUGCUCGAAAGGCUAAGGAAGAGGAAGAGAGACGUGCUCGGGAAAGCGCCGAAGCGUCUGUCGUCGAUAAAUGGAAAGAGGAACCGACCAUUGUCGAUGUCGCACCUCGUCCGGAAACACAUUAUCCGAAGAUGACAAGUUUGUAUGAUGCACCAAACGCCGAUGUUCGUGUCGACAAUAUCCUGGAACAUCCCAAUGAGCUUUCUCGCUUUCGGGUGUCAGAUUACCGAGACCUUUCCGAGACCCCUAUUUUCCAGGCAAGGGAUCCGUCUGCUGAGCGCGAGAGGCCAAUGCUCAAUAUCGUACGGCCUACGCCCACGCCCACACCGACACCAAGAAAGCAACAAUCUGCAAAUGAGCCCCCCCCUGAACGCGAGGAAGCCGACAUCGAUAUUUCCAAGGCCGCUCCUGACGUAGACCCUGAAUCCCAGAUGGAGGCGUCUCCAGUGCCGUCGAUGCACAAGGCUGUCACCUGGGGCAAGAAUCAGACGAAACACUACGUGGUAGAGAGCCCAGAAAGAGGAGAUAAUCCAGAUUCAGGGCCGAAGGUAAUAACGCCUGCUACAACGCCAAGAUCGCGCUCCGGCAGGAAAAUUGGUUGGGGAUUCCUUGCAGCGGCUCUGGGCGCCACUUCUCGGAGCGGGGCCGCGGCUCCGGCUGUCUCGAAAUCAACAACAGAUACCAAAGUCGUACGAACUGAGCAUCCCCCGGUGGACGAAGAGAAAUCAUCUUCUCGUAGGACUUCGGCGGAAUUCGAGGAAAACACAUAUGAAAACCCGCCCGUUCCGGGUCCCAAACCGCCCAGUCCGAGAAACACUCAGACGACAGGGGCAUUCGCCGAAGAUCCAGGUUUCACUGCGACCAUCGCCGCUGCGCUGAAGGACACUGGUUUUAACCCUGAUAUCGUUAUCGAUGAUGCCAACUUUCACAGACGGGAUUCUCCACAUAAACCGACUGUCUCGGUUAGAGAUUCCUCUCCCAGACCGACUGUCUCGGGCAGAUACCGAUCACCAUUUGCUGAAUCAAUGGUUGAUCUGGGGGUGGUUGGAACCUCGGGCACCGUACCCGCAUAUAAUAGCCAGACCCACGGUUCUGCCAUUGACGAGGUUUCGCAGGCACCAGAGCUGCCAGCCGAAGAGGAUAUUCCGAGCGGUAAAUCGCCGAUUCUGUCUAUGCUUACCAGGGAGAAAAGCUGGGGACCUGAAAAGGCCGCGAACACUCGAGCCUCUGAAGACGAUAUCAUCUCCGACGGUGUACCCCGAAGAAUACGAGGGGUGGAAUCAGCUGAGACCAUCACCACGGAUGAGGGGGAAGGUGCCUCCCUUCACAAGAAAGAGUCGAAGAAAUCGAAGAAGGUCGUUGUUGUCCAAGAAAACCAGUGGCAACCCGAGAUUGUUGAGGACCCGCGAGCCAUCGUUCCAAUCCACGCGUCUCAGGACGUUGAGGAUGCCGAGUCUGCGCCGUUAGAGGACAGACAAGAUGUAUUGAACAAGGGUCGGGGUAUACCUGCCGGCGAGUCUGAUUCAUACAGUCCACCACCUAUAUUAGCAUCUGCCCCCGAAACCUCAGGGGAGCAGCCUGAGAAAUACAUAACACUAGGGCCGAUUUCGGAGCUCGACUUCGAAUGGGAAUUUCCCAGGAGGAGAACACAGGCUUCUAGUCAGGAUCCUGAAGCGUACGGGCCACGUACUCGAUCAGCUCCAGUGUCCGAGCUGUCGAUGGAAAGCUCUUAUAACGUCGUUGGCGCCGACGUGCUCCCCGUGAUCGAGGAAGAAGAACCUGCGCCGAAUUCGAGUGAACAGGGGUCCGAGCACGAUAACAGACAUGAUAUACCAUCACGACCUACAUCAGCUUCUAGGUCCUCUUCAAAGGAUAGGAAACUUACCGAUCCUGGUUCCACUUCUUGGGCCGGCGACGAAUGGGAGAGUAAAAGUAAAAGCAGCUCUGUUGCUGCUGAUUCCUCUUCCUAUCUCACCACCAUUUCUGAAGUUUUUGAGGCACAGGGGAGGCGCGCUACCGACGAUGUCUCGUCUACUUUCGCAGAUAGCAUUGACGACCGGGGUUCCCUAAGAGGAUUGAAAGAUGUCCAUGGAGAUUCUCUCACUCGUGACUCCCCUUCGCGCGUAGAGCACCCCGCAGGUGAUCUUGUUCAGAGUCGCAGAGAGAUGGUUGGGCCACUCCACGACUUGCGCGGCGAAAAGACGACUACCAUGGAAGAAGAGCCCAGCACACUGGAUUCGUUAGAGAGAAAAGCUAAACCGGAUUCGGUUGUCUUCGAAGGAUCCCCCUCGCAGCCAGCUCCCCAGUCUACAGCUCCCCCCGAAGCUUCUAUAUCAAAUCCAAAGAAACAUGUGUCCUAUGCCGAUUCACCGACCAAGCCGACGGCUAUCUCGCAUAACGGCACCAUUAACUCUCUUGGAAAGAGCAAGAAACUGAAGCGAAGAGCCACCCUUGGAGGUUUCCCGGAAGAUGAAGGUGUCGCUGAUGAAAAGGAGCCGCCAGAUCUUGUAAGAGAUGAAACAGAACCACUAGAUCGGAAUGCCGUCUCCGAAAAGCUUGAUGCGAACCGUAAUGAGGACCCCAGACGCAGUGGAAGCCGGACGAGGAGUUACACCUUGGACGACAUUAAAUCUACCCCUAGUAAUGUCGAUGGCAAGGAUCGCAAGAAUGCCAAGUCGGAAAAGGACAAGACAAGUAUUUUCGACCGCUUUAGGUUAUCGAUCGUGAAGCAAGGGGAGGAGAAAGAUCGCACACGCAAGCCUGAAGAGGACAAGAAUUCUUUUUUAGAUAAUGCCGACACUCUUGGCGCGGGUGUCGGCUCAGCGGGCAGUGAUGCUGAGCAUAUUUCUCGCGAGUCCCACUCAAGCGCCAUCAAUGUUCCCCGGAAAGGGGACGUCCAAACUACUCCCAUUACCCCGGAAAGGCGGCCUAUACUGCCCCAGGAAGUGGAGCUUGUCGACCCUGAGAUUGUCCCCCGAGAAAUCCGACCGGCCAUAGAUCCUAGAUAUGGCGACCUACUUCCCCUACCUCCGAGCCGCCCUGGGUCUCCUGUUCCCGAAAUUGGUGGUGACUUCCCGCCUUUGCCGGAUAGCCGCCCCGAAACACCAGAGUACGACCGCAUUGUGCGUGAAAAACCUACGCAUACUCGCCGCCGCAGCACCCUCGACAGUCCCCUGAGGCCAAAGACGCCUAGCCAGAGUGCGAUACCCAUCCAGUUCCGCCUAGGACAUAGAGCUACGCCAAGCUCCGCGAGCAGUGGGAGAUAUUCUCCAGUGGCAUCUCCGAUCGAUAUCCAUCCAGAAUUCGGAAGCGGAUCUAGAACGCGCCCUCGUCCGACCUCUUGGGAAAGUUCACGGGAAUUUAAACCCUUGCUACUGCUCCAGAAAGCCACUCGAGACGUGACCGACAAUUUGAGCUUUUCUGAUAAAGGAUCCCCGUCUAGUGAUAAAUUCGGGAGCGCGUCGCCUCAUAGACCUGGGGCUCGCGCAAGUGACCCAGAAUUAAGCUAUAGAUCUCCGGCGUCGCCCGACCAAGACCGAGAAACCCGCAGCGAGCUUUCCGCUUCAUUGAUGCCAUUUACAAUGAUGGAACCUAUGGGAGCGUUGGGAGACGCGCGUAUGGUAGAGGUGGGCUUUAGGCCCUCUAACGACAACCCACUCCAACCACCAUAUGAAUUUUCACGCGAGAGGAGCGUCGAAACAGGCAACGCAUCUUACUUCUCGCCUCCCCCCGAAAACGGCGGCUUGCCCCUGGAUGAUGGCCCAGCUAGUUUGACAGAGCAGGAAGCAGCGCGCUCAGAACUGCCGACUCAAAAGUCGGCUGAGAACGUGGGAUGGUCACCACAGAACUACGAGCUUAUCGGGCCGGCGUUGAUAACCCCAAACCUAGAUCGAAGCUUGGGUGUCCCAGCGGCUGAAGCGUCCGGCGAUGCCGUCCUUCAGCGCCCGCCGAAUCUUGCACCAGCCCAACAUAUUACAGACUUGGCUCAUACAGUCGAGAAAUUUCACGGCAAUACACAGAUCCCCUCAGUCUCGAUAGGGCCUGCAGACCGUGAUGUCUUGCGGCCUGAAACUGAAGGUCUGCUUGCUUCUGGUGCCGUUCCCGAAAAUGAAACGGCUGAGCUGGUCGAUGCUCUGAAUACAACGGAGGAAAUCACCCAGAACAACGAGCCCGAUGAUUUGAGCCAUCCUUUCCCAGAAACAACGCAGGGCACUGGUGUAGUGUUAGAGGAUAGGUUAAACGAGACUGGAAGACUACCGGAAGCCCCAACAAACAUUGGUGUACCGUUGGUUCAAGAUGUGGCCACCUCAAAUGACACUGUUUCCCAGCAAGUUGCUAUUGACAACCAGGAUUCUACCGACAUAGAAAAGACCGUCUCCAUUAAGCGGGAUAUCUCCAUCGAACAAGGCCCCAUUUCUCAAUUGGAUGUUUCGAUGGCUGCCCCAGCGCCAGCUGUUGACCCAGAAUUUACUAAUACAGAGAAGGCCCCUAGCGAACCAGAGGCUCUCGAGGUGGCCGUACAACCGUCCAGCGCUGAACCGGAGGCUCUCGAGGUGAUCGCAGAACCACCCAGCGCCGAGGCAGAGUUUCAAAGGGCUCUAUUCGAUUCUCCGUUGACAACAUGUGAGCCCACUGUCGUCGAGUUAGAGACAUCGACUGUGGAAGGCGGCUUAGCAUCAACCGAACCGGCGGCUCAGGAGGUCUCUAUCGCCGAACCCGAGGUCGCUACUGUUGAGGGACGGACAUCUGUUGCUGAAAUUAUCCCAGCCGUCGAAAUUGCCCCGGAUGUCGCCAUGCCAGAAACGGUGAUGGCUGAACCAGAGCUAGCGCCUAUUGAGAAAGAAGUGGCCGUCCCUGGAAAGGAACUCCUAGCCGUUGCGCCAGAACUCAUCACCGAUUUUGAGAUCUAUGCUGUUGAGCCAUCGCUAGUGGCCACUCCACAAGAACCAGCCGGUGUUGAGGAGAGGGAUCCCGUCGUUGUUGGAAGCGAGAAAUCUGAAGAACCCACACCAGCAAUUGAAAGCCCCAGUAGUACUCCGAAAAAGGACGGGGAAAAGUCCGGGCAACAACUGGGACUUGCCACGCCUCUAGGUGAACCAGAAAAAUCGGGAGAAGACUUGAUACCGGAAUGCAAUAACAACUUGACGAAUACGGAUUUGCAAUUCUCGGAGCCGGCGAGCCUUGUACAAGAUCAGUUGGAAGCCGCUGUUUCCCAAGACCCGCCUCAUGUCCGGUCGAGCCUAGCCGAAGAAGCUUACUCGCCUUCAGAGAAAUCGAAGGAAGAAAAUGAAGCAGAGAGGAUUCAGAGCGAGGAUUCUGAAGCAAAGGUUGAUAUUGGGAGCGCCCAGACUUUUAUCCAGGAGCAAGAGAGUGCGCCUCUUUCCGGCGACCAGCCCCGCCGGGCAGUACAGGAAGCUGAGACGACAGUGCAAAUUGACAAUCAACUCUCGGUAGAAGCAGAGAUCGACAUCGGAGAAGCAAUUGCUCCCCCUCCAGAAAUCGGGCCCCAGCUUGAGUCGCUCCCUGGAGACCAACUGAUGAAGACUGUGUCAUCGGAAGAACCCGCGCAGGCUAACACUGAAACUAACCGCGAUCACCAAGAGAUAUCCUCCGGAAUCCCAUCUACAAGCGAAACCAGGGCCGUUAACGAUGAUUUUUUCGAGUCCGUGACCCCUCCUAGUACUGGACAAGGGGAACAGAUACAUCUGGCACCAGAACCACUUCGAGAAGAGAUUCAGCUGCCCAGCGAUACAAUGCAGCCUGAAGAGACAGAAGCCUCAACAGUCCAUGAAGAUCUACAUGUCGAAUCACAACAUUCGGAAGUAGCACCUACUUUAACAGAGGCUAGUUCACAGAACCUUGUCGAGCAGGAAGCGAACGGCUCUAAAGGACCGGAACAAACGGUCGUGGAUGAACCAAUAUUGCAGCCUAACAUACCCGGCGGCGAAAGCACGCCAGGACCGGACCAUGGAUCAAUUGGCCCACGCGAGACUCCACUAUCCAGUACAAUUUCAACCUAUAACUUACAGGAAUGGUCUGCCGAGAAACCUGGGCCAGCCGAAGAACCGAUGGCUCUAGAUGUGGGUGCCGGCGAGGGUCGACUGGAUCUUCCUAGCAAGCCUGUUGCCGAGAACCCCCCGGAGUUGACUUACCAAGAGGAAUCUGCCGACAAGAAGAGCGAGGAAGAGAAACAACAGAGUACCUCGGCACUAGCCGAAUCUGAUCUUGCACCUAUCGAUCCGAUAGCGACGGAAAUCCCCCGGGAACUUAUUCCUCAACCAACAGGCCUGGAUGCUAGCCCGGAAGUGUCUGUACCGACCAACCAGCAGUUAAUUGAACCGAGUGUCGACAAAGAAACGGGGUCCGCCGACAUCGAGGAUGGUGGAGAAAAUGCUCAGCCUUCGAGAAUUGCCGAUACAGAGAAGGAACCAGAGCAGUCGAAAUUGGAAGAACCCUUAGCCGAGUCUCCACCUAGCGCAGAGCAGCUUGAACCAACAAGCGAUAUUCUGACUGAAGUAGAUAACUCUAACAAAAUACCCGAGGAGAGUCAGGCAAGCCGAGAGAUUGUAAAUGAUUCUGUGGUCUCGGAUGACCAAGAUCAACCUCUUCAGUCUGCAACGGAGCUCGCGGAAGAGCCUUCAGCCGUGAUAGAGACAGAUGUUGACAGCAAGCAGCCAAUUGAGGACCUCAGAAGUUUCACUCCGUCCGGGGCUGAUCCAGUAGUUGGCGACCAGUUAACCAAGGGAAGCACCGAGGUCGAGGCUAGUUCUAGCGACCGGGGCGCGACUCGGGACCAAAAUCUGGAUUCCCACCAAGUUGAUCCUACAUUGGAUGGGGCCCUUCAAGAGGCAGUGGGUGGUUCCGUUACAAAAGACAGCACGAUGGACCAAGAGACUCGCCGCCCUGAACCCACCAUUGACGUGGGCACGAUCAGCGGUGGCACGCAGAUGCACCAGCCGCAAGAAGAAACUGACAUUGUCCAGCCAACGCUUGAUAAGUCAGAGGAGGGGGAGAAGACCGGGAACCAAAUGUUGACUGAUACAAAGGAGACACUGGUAUUUCCUAUCUUUGCCCCAGAGUUUUCGGCAGAGCCGGGUGCCAUUUCUAAAGAGCCCCCGCAAAUCGAAAAGGAGGGAUCUGGUUCGGGUUCUACCUCGACUGACACCAAGAGACAUGAGACUGCCCAAUUCGCAGAGCCGGUCGAGCAGACACCAAUGGAAAUGCCGACAGAGCCGACCGGCGAAUCUUCUUCGCUGAACACGAUCUUAAGUCCCGACCAAGAAUCUCACGAGAUUCCGCAUCAAUCAGAUGCGCAGCUGGAGUUGAAAGACAAUCCCAACAAUGCACCGAGCGACCCCGAUUCAUCGAAGCAACAGCCGACAGGCCCGUCGGGCCCAUCCACCCAGAGUGUCGAGACCAAGAAACAACGUAACGGCCCCGUCGAUGAAGAUACGAAACCUGCCCCUCAAGAUACCGACACUUCCUCCUUACGCCGAGAUUCGGUCUCUCAGAAUGGAACGGAGAUUUCAGCAGACGCCUCAGUCGGUAAACCCGAAGGCCAACUUCCGGCAGAGACCCUGCCGAAGGAUGACCCUGAUACUACACAGCAAUCUUCGGACGAAGCGGUGCUAAUUGAACGGCAAAGCACAGAUGAUCAAGCGCGCAACGAAACGGUCAACGUGGGUCACCCCACUGUACGCGAUGAAUCACUGGCUCCAUCAGACCCGAAAAGUGAAGAAGCCCCUCCAAAAGAAGCCAACGCCGAAGAUGACCGGUCAAAGCAACGAGACCUCGUAGACCAACCCACUUCCAGCGAUCUCCAUGCCAAACCUCCUUUCCCGACCCAUGAUUUAUCGCCUGUGACUGCAGAAGAAGAAGCUCUAAUAGAAGUGAAGAAAAUCAAAGAAGAUGGGAAGGAACAUGAGAGUGGAGGACAAGAUAGCCUAGAUCCUACGGCGCGAACAGAAAGGCCUGCAGAAGAACCGACACAAGAGCCAAGUAUCGAGGUCCCACCAUCAGACCAUGUCGAACCUCCUCCAACCGCCGGGCGGGAUCUAACUGAACCAGACCAGACCACGUCGGACGUCCCAAUGCCUGCUGAACCGGUGCAAUUACCAUCUCAGUCGCAAGAAGAGGCCCCACAAAGCCCCUUGGCCAGGAAGGGUAAGAAAGACAAGAAAAAAAAGAAGAAGAGGGCCAGCCAAGCACAAGAAACCGACACUCCUGCUGUACCGAUAGAGGAACCCCCUAUCGAACAACCGCAACCUCAUGUUCAUGAUGUCAGCCAUAUGCCAACUGAAGCCUCUUCAGAUCUAGCUACCAUCCAAGAAACCGAGUCCCAACGACCCCGAGCUACGCCUACGGAAGAACUAUCCGACCAGCCCGGGCCAUCAACGCCGGAUGUCAGCCAAAUACCGACAGACACGCCAGAUAUUUCCACCCCAGCAGUGCAAGAGUCCGAGCCGCAACCAUUCCAUGCCGUGGAAGUAGUUAUCCCAUCAAGAGAUGACGAGCGGGAGCAAGUUGAGCCCACCACACAGACCGAUAAGAAAGAGAACGACGUGCCGAUAGUGGAGCCCGCCACCGAGACAAGCCAGGGUAGAGAGUCUAGUGUUAUAGGAGGUCUGACCGGUGAGGAAGAGGCUCGGCAGACUACUAAUGCAACUGAACACAGCCUCCUAGAAGAAGAAUCCGCUAUUGGACCACCUGAACCUGAAGAGGGGCACUCGGAAGUCGUGGCUGUGCCGAAAUCCAAGAAGAACAAGAAGAAGAAGAAGAAGCGCAACAGCCAGAUCGCUCAAGAUGAUGUGAGCUCCGCUCCGAUACAGGGUGCCCCAGAAUCUACUUCCGUCAUACAAGCCCCUAUCGAUGAGGCAAACUCCCAGGAGCACGCGAACACCGUCGUCGGCACCGAGCAAGUAGAGGCAGACACAUCCACACUCCAUCAAAGCCCCCAAGACGAAGACGUGGAAAAGCCUGGACCGACCCAUGACGUGAAGGCAGUUGACAAUACAGAAGUUGGUGACGCAAAAGAUCAAGGGCCGCAAGACGGGCAGCUACCCACAGAAUAUACCGUCGCCCCCCCUGCCUCAGAUGAUACUACCGCCGUCGCCCUUACCCAGCAGGAGGCCAUCGGUCAGACGUCCCAGGAAGAGGCCGCCACCCUUCGUCCCAUAUCUCCUGGUGCGGGGGCUUUACCUGAGAUGCAAGAGAUGCAAGAGACCGAACAUGCUAGUGAGGGGCCAACUCAUUCCGAAGUACAACCAGACGAUGCCGUACAGCGUGAAGAGUCUUCAAAGCUAGACUCAUCUAUGCAGCUGAGACCUUCGGAAGCUGAAGAGCCUAGGCAGGCUCAGGAAACUUUACAGCCGGAAGAGCCGACCGAACCAGCAGAGCUGCCCGCCGCUAUCCUAGGCAAGCCUGAAUUGGUAUCCCCCAAAAAGUCGAAGAAGAAGAAAAAGAAAAGAGCCAGCCAGGGCGGGUCCGUGUCCAUGCCAAAGAGCACUCUGCCCAUUGAGGGAUCUAACUCUCAAACGGCCUUGCCGGAGCAGCCCUCGGAGCAGUCCUAUCCUGAUGGGCCCACACAACUGUCCGAGAGUGCACCUGAGGUUAUGCCUGGUGUAGAAUACUCUAUUGCUUCGAAAGACACUGGGAACGCAGAAGAUGCUCCUACUGAAAUCAGAGCGGACGAGGGGUCUGAGCAAAUAAACCGAGUGAGCCACAUUGAGCCCGCCAUCGAACUAGAAACCAUGGCUCCUUCAAUAUCCUGUGAACAAGCGGAACCACCUCAAGAGCCUAUUGUGGAAAGGGAUGUGGAGCAGACAAGUAAACAUAAGGGUAUGGAGUCAAUACCCACGGAGGGGGCAGACGUCCCCGGGGAUAUCUUACCCGAAGUCACUUCUAGCGAGGAACCCAAAGAGAGGUCGCAGGAUGAAUCGGCCGCCGUUUUGAGUACCGGUCCAGAGUCAGAGCAUACAUUCAAAGUCGAGGACAACCCUGCUGCCGAUGAAUUUACAUCGAUUCGUAUGGAGCAAUCCACGAAACUAGAACCAGAAUCGGCUCCGGAGGUACCCCAACCUCUCACUGAGCCAGAGAAUAUUGACUCAAACACUCAAGACGUGAAAGCCGGUCUCGGACCAGUCAGUCUGAUCUCAGAAGCUGAAACCCCGACUUUGACGAGCGUUAUAUCGGCAGAGCCCCAACCAGAAAAUAUGCAGCCGCUAACUGUGGAAGCUGAGUUCCCUGAUCACCUCGACCAAGGUCAUGCCGUGGACGUCUCCCAAAAUGCUGGAGGGCAUCUGGCUGAGCCUAUGGACCAAGAAAAAAGCCCCAUUCCUGAUAUCGAGCGAGGCCUCAAUGCCUCUCCUCAAGCGGAAACCGUGGCGAAAUACAUAAUUCCGGAUACCAUUGCUGGCGCUGUUACUGAGACCCCACAGGUACCAGCCGACCACCUGAUCGAGUUCCCAGUCGAAACCUCCCAAGAGGACGAGGCUCGAGCUCCCAGUGCCCCCGAAUUAAGCGCUCAAGAGGGUUUAGAUGACG